AUGGAAUCAGAGUCUGGUCGUAUUGACUAUUUAUUUUCAGGAAAUAGGAAAUCUACUAACAUCACCAAAUUUUCUGGAAAGAGGUUUAGCUUGGUAUACAUAUACAUAUUAAAUUAAGUAGGUUAUAUCACAUGCAAGGUGGAAUUUGAGUAUUUUAAAGAUAUAUCGCCUGGUGAUGCCAACCUUGUAGAAACUGUACCCUGAACAAGAACCGAAGAACACAAGACUGGUGUUCGCGAUGCAUGAGUAUUUCAGGUGGUUGCAAGCGAGGCGAACAAGAACAUUCCGGUUUUUUUCUGUUAUUCUGAGUUUAUGGGCUGUAUAUUAUCUCUCGUUUAGCUGGAUGCCAGCUAACACCUUUGCCGAAACUGAGAUUCUGGGAAAUGAGGAAUUAGAACUGGAAAGCAAUGAGGCUUUGCUAAGACAGAACUACCUGAGGUCUGAUAUUGAAAACAACACGACAAUAGAGAAAACCACUGUUUCAGCAUUACUCCUUGGGAAAAGAAAUAACACGCCAAUUUUCAUGCGCCAGUACGUUCUACCAUUAAUAGCGUUUCAAUCGGGACCUAAUGGGAUAUACAAUGCAUUUCGUAGAUCUAUGGUAUUUGCUAGUAUUUAUGAAAGGUCUCUUGUAAUACCCCCAUUCCGCCAACACAAACUACAGGAUGGUGUAAAAACCGAAAGGAGUUUCAAUGAAACAUUUGACAAUCAGAAAAUAUUAAGAGUAGUAGAUUUAUGUGAUUUAAACGAAUUCAAAAUACAAUGCGGCACAACUAUUCCUCUAGAUUGGAUUAUAUUCCCUCCUACUAAACAUACACCUUCCUUCCCUGACAACUACAAUAAUGAAGUACAAAAACAUUACAGGAAGCAAUCCAUUUUCCUAGGUGACCGAUUUGUCACUGAAUUUUAUAAUAACACCGGAAUUUCACUACCGCAACCAAACAUCACACUAUCCCAAACACAAAAUACACGUGAAAAAAUACUUAAUGAAUUCGAGAAGAAAAGAUGUGUUGCAUAUUUUCCGGCUGUGAAAUCAACAAUUGCUACAUCAGCUCAGCAAUCCUAUGUGGAGAAACAUUUACUAAGAGCUCCGUAUAUACGUAGAAUAGCAGCACAAAUAAUGACUGGCUUAUUGGCAGAGCAAUAUGCUGUAUUACAUUGGAGGAAUAAAACAGGAGAAAAGUGUAAUUCAGCAAAUGGUAGUCAUUGCUCAAUACGAAGUGCACGAAAUCUAAAGUUUUUGAAGAAAGACUCUGAUUCGAUUGCAUCAAGUCUGCACGCAUACCUUGAAAAAGCGGGAUUGAAAUAUCUCUAUGUGGCGGCUCUUCCCUACGAACAGUUCAUUGUGAAGUCACUUCGAGAAUCAUUAUUGUUUACAUACACUGUAGAAGAUGCGUAUAAUGUGUCCCCUCUGUUGGAUCACUACAGAGGGGAUACGUACGUCCUAUCAUUAGUAGAACAAGAGAUCGCUGAGCAAGCAACAAUGUUUAUUGGAACGACGUCAUCAAGUUGGUCAUUCUUCGUGGAAAGUAGCAGAAAUCUCGAAGGAAAGAAAACAGUUUACAUUCAGAAACUUCCCGGAAUGCCAAACAAGUACAAAAGCAGUGCGCGGCAUAUCAUUUAG